AAUCAGCUCGGCAGCUAUUUCCGGGAGGCCUAAAACCCGAGGUGGUGCAGUGCUUGUCAUUUUUAAACAGAAUAACCUUUAAGGAUGCCGUAUGCUAACCAGCCGACAGUUAAAAUAACAGAAUUGACGGACGAAAAUGUCAAAUUCGUCAUUGAAAACACGGAUUUGGCGGUUGCAAACUCUCUCCGUCGUGUCUUCAUGUCAGAAGUUCCCACAAUAGCCAUCGACUGGAUCCAAAUCGAUGCUAAUUCAUCAGUGCUGCACGAUGAGUUCAUUGCGCACAGAGUCGGUCUCAUUCCCCUCACCAGCGACGACAUAGUGGAUAAGAUGCAGUAUUCAAGGGACUGCACCUGUGAUGACUUCUGUCCCGAAUGCUCCGUGGAGCUGACCUUGGACGUCCGCUGCACCGAGGACCAAACGCGGCACGUCACGUCUCGCGAUCUGCUCUCCAACAACCCCAGAGUGAUCCCUGUCACUUCCAGAAGCAGAGACAAUGACCCGAACGACUACGUCGAGCAGGAUGACAUCUUGCUGGUGAAGCUCCGUAAAGGUCAGGAGCUUCGGCUGAGGGCGUACGCCAAGAAGGGCUUCGGUAAAGAGCACGCCAAGUGGAACCCGACGGCGGGGGUCUCGUUCGAGUAUGACCCGGACAACGCACUGAGGCACACAGUCUAUCCACGACCCGAGGAAUGGCCAAAGAGUGAAUACUCAGAGAUUGAAGAAGAUGAAGUUCAGGCGCCCUAUGACCCCAACGGAAAGCCAGAAAGAUUUUAUUUCAACGUGGAGUCCUGCGGUUCGCUCCGGCCGGAGACCAUCGUCAUGUCAGCGUUGGCGGUUUUGAAGAAGAAGCUCAGCGACCUGCAGACCCAGCUGAGCCAUGAGAUCCAGAGUGACGUCCUCACCAUUAACUAAAGACACCUCUGUUGUUGCCGGAGGCUCAACCUCAAGAUCUCUUUUCAGACGCAACUGCAGUCUACAGAGAGGACUCUGUAGACUGAACCCAGAUCUACUGGGUCAGAAUCAUCUGUAAUAUUAAAUUAAUUUGUGUUCAUUUUUCUCACUCAACAGAGGGGAGUUGUAUUGCAGCAGAAACUGUUAGUGACACAUGCUCAGUUUCUCAAGAGUUUAUUUGUAUUGAUGCAAGCUUUUUUUUUGUUUUUUUAAUAAAUUAGUUUUUUGGUAUUUUAUUUG